GACGCCAUCACGCCGCGCCUCAAAGGGGGGGGUGGGAUUGGAGUGGCGCCGCGCGCUGGAAAGCGGCGGAUUUGGGUGGUUUUGGGUGUUUUUGGGGGUUUUUUUUGACGUCAUCGUGACGUCAUGCCGACCGUGCUGGGGCUGGAGGGCUCGGCCAAUAAGGUGGGGGCGGGGGUGGUGCGCGAUGGCGUCAUCCUCAGCAACGCGCGCGCCACUUACGUCACGCCGCCGGGCCACGGGUUCGCCCCGGGCCCCGCCGGGCGCCACCAUCGCCGCGCGCUAUUGGCUCUCGUGGGCGACGCCCUCGGCCACGCCCGGACACGCCCCCAGGACCUGGACGCCAUCGCCUUCACCAGGGGCCCGGGCAUGGGGGCGGGGCUUGCGGUGGUGGCCGCGGUGGCCCGCACGCUGGCCCAGCUGUGGCAGCGCCCCCUGGUGGCCGUCAACCACUGCGUGGGGCACAUCGAGAUGGGCCGCCUGCUCGGCCCCGCCCCCGACCCCCUGGUGCUCUACGUCAGCGGCGGGAACACCCAGGUCAUCGCCUUCUCGCGCCGGCGCUACCGGAUCCUGGGGGAGACGCUGGACCUGGCGCUGGGGAACUGCCUGGACCGCUUCGCCCGCAUCCUGCAGCUCUCCAACGCCCCCAGCCCCGGGUACAACAUCGAGCAGCUGGCGCGGAGGGGGCGCCGGCUGCUGGACCUGCCCUAUGGGGUGAAGGGCAUGGACGUGUCCUUCUCGGGGCUGCUGUCGCACCUGCAGGCGGUGACCCCGGGGCUGUUGGCGUCGGGGGAGGCGACACGUGAGGAUCUUUGCUUCUCGCUGCAGGAGACGGCGUUCGCCAUGCUGGCCGAGGUGACCGAGCGGGCGCUGGCGCUGACGGGGACGCGGCACCUGCUGCUGGUGGGGGGCGUGGCCUGCAACCAUAGGCUCCAGGAGAUGCUGCGGACCAUGUGUGCGGCGCGGGGGGCGGAGCUUUGCCCCAUAGACGACAGGUACUGCCAGGACAACGGGGCCAUGAUCGCGCAGGCCGGGUGGGAGAUGCUGAGGGCGGGGCAAACGACGCCCAUCGACCAAUCAGGGAUCACGCAGAGGUAUCGGACGGACGAGGUCGAGGUCACGUGGAGGGAUUGAGGCCACGCCCACUCAAUAAACUUAUGGGUCCCUA